CCCUGUCUGNGAUGCCGGUCAGUUUGGUCAUGAGGUGCAGCUGGUGAUUUGGGUGUUGCAUGUGGUAAGUGGCCAUCAUUUUGAAGCUACUUUCCAGAGGCUGCCUGGGUGUGGAAAGGCACACUUCCUAGGAGGAAGAGCCUGGGCAUGUCGUUAGUUACCUCAUGUCUGUCUGGGCCUCACCUGUCCCGCCUGCACACAGCCGGCUGUGGGGCUCAGGCCCCAGCUCCUCAAGCCCCCCGAGCUGCCCCCACUCCCUACAGAGCUGUCACUUCCUUCCGGCCACCGCAGAGCAAGACUAGCUGGACAUGCGGUGCCCACUGCCCACACAGGUGCACCCCUAGAGCAGCUCCGGCUGCCUCCCACUGGCACCCCGUAGAGACCUCACUGAGCCGCCAGGGCUGUGGUGUACAUGGGUGGGUGUCUGAGAGGCGCCUGAGUCUUCAUGGGAAGACAGCCGCCUUUCUCCCGGCUCCCACAGGGCCUCUGGCUCAGCCUCGCUGUCCCCACAGCAAGCCUGCUGGAGUGCCUGUGAGCUCAGGGCAGGCAGCAGAUGAGCCGCCCCUGGCCCCGGCUGUUGCAGCAGCUCUAAGGUAGACACAUCACAGGUCAGACAUUGUUCCUGGUUGGAUUUUACAUCUGUAAGUAACUCUGUGAAUGUCAAGUUUGGAGCCACUCCCUUUAGGAUUUGCAUCGCUGGACUCCACUGCAGGCUUAGUGGACCUUCCCUUGUUAUGACAGUCCUUGGCAAGGGGCUCCGAGCCCCGCCUGGCCAGAGAUGCCGGCCCGGAGAUGUGCCUGCGUGCUGCGGGGAAGGAAGUGCUGCCAGACGCCCCCUGGCCCUCUGCCUCCCCAUCCCACAGAGACUGGUGGUCCCAGCUGGCCAUGCAGCUGUGCCAAGAUGCCUCUGAGUGCGCUGUGUCAGGCACCCAGGCCGGGAGGAGCGCAGCGGGUGAGUCUCCUGGGGGCUGAUGUCUCUUGUCCCCAGGUGACCCCUGGAGCCCAAAGAGGGGCUCCUAUGGGGAGCUGACAGCAGGGCCUUGACCCAGGAGCCCACUGAGCAGGGUCGGAGGCCCGUCUGAGUGCCCACACUUGCCCCGGCUGCGCUCUGGCUCUGACUGCAGGGAGGAGAGAGCCCCAGCCUGCCGGCCCCUCCCUGGACCCUUCCCUUCUUACACUCGAGGGCCCAGCCCCUCCCACAGGGACUCAGCAGGUGUGGGCUGGGCAGGGGCACUGGGGCAGAGACUCAGGUCACUCCCCACUCCGGGCCCAGCUCCCCCAUCCUGGGGCACCUUGAAGACUCCGUGUGAGGUCCAGGGACGAUCCUCUAUUGGCGGGCAUGAUUUUUCAACCUGGGACCCCCACAGAUGCCAGGCAGGAUCACGGCUGGAGCAGCUGGUGCCAUGUGCCUGGGGCCUGGCCCAGCAGGUGUGACGGGCUCUUCUGAUACCACCCCCACCCCGUCUGAGCCUCAGCUCUUAAAUUCUGCAUGUUGUCGCCUUUGGCUGGCACCUUCUAUCCACAGGCCCCACAGGCCUGGCUCUGGUCUCCUGACCCAGUUCAGGCUGGAGACCCUGGCCAGCCCUUUGGGCACCUCAGUCUCUUAACCCCACUGAGGUUGGGGCCCAUCCCCAGCCUGGCUCGCAAGCCCAUCCCACUGUUACAGACACCCCAUCUCUCACUGCCAGGCCCCACGCUCUGGCCUUCUGCGGGCCCAGUUCUUCCCAGCAGUGCCCUCUGCCUGCUCAUAGGGGGCUGGGCCAGUCCCUGAGUCUGUCUCCAUGUGCCGCUCACCUUUGUCCUGUGUUGCCUGCCCAGCCCAGCUCAGUUGCCCCUGGGGGCCAAUGUCUGUAUCCCCUGACCCUGCUGGCCCUUGAGACAUCAGGACAAGCCUCAGUCAAGCCCUGGCAGAGGCCCACUGAGGUGGGGUGUGGGUCCCACAGCCAAGGACCCCAGCCAGUGCCAGCAACCACCUUGUGCAGGGUCAGCAUUGUGUUGGUGAAGAAGGGCAGUUGGUAAACAUAGGGUGUACCAGGACCACAGAGCUGAAAGGUAGGAAACAACACACUGGCUCAAGGUAGGUCCCACUGGCAGGAGGGGACAUAGAAGGACCACAGUGGAGUCGGGAGAUUUCAGAGGGGAGGUGGCACCGGAACAGGGCUGUGGGGAAUGAACCUGAGUUUGCCAGGAAGUCCGCGGCAAAGUGCAGGUGACCUGUUGGGAAGGGGGCUGUGUUGCUUAAGAUCAGUCCCUUUGUUCGUUUCUUUACUCAGCAAGCCUUUGCCGAACCCUUUUCUGUGGGGCACUGUAAGGAGCGCCCUGGUCAGUCAGGUGGAGGCACGGCGUGGACGGUGCCGAUUCAGGCUAGACAGGGCUGUGUGCGUCUGCCCCCGGGGGAGGGACACACUGCUUCCAGCUGCUCCCUGGCCUCUGGAGCUGUUCUGGGUCCUAGGCCUGCCCCACGCCGCCCAGGCUGGCACACAGUCCUGCCUGCGAGGGGGAGACAGGCGUGCAGUCAGUGGCAGAGCAGGGGUCUGCCCGCACGGGGGCCGGAGCCCCACCAUCACCCAGCCUGGGGUCGGUCCGUUUCUGUUUCCCAAAAUAAAACGCGAGCACGUUGGCUGGGAGCGCUGUCUGUACAAGGGGCAGCGGGCGGGUGAGGACUGGCAUGCACGUGUCUCUGCGGAUGGCUGAGGGCGUCUGUCCCUAUAUGUCCCCCCUCCAUGACCCUCUGUCCCCCCACCCUCCUCUCCGUCUCCCUCUUUGUCUGCCCUGGGAUCCUGGUGGCUCUUGUCCUCCCCCGACCCCCUGUUUUGGACUCCCUCGGGUGCCUGACCUGUGUGGGCUGCUGCCUGACAGAGGCGGGGGCUGUGGCCCUAACCCACCUCUCUGGAGCCAGGUCUGCCCAGCCUAUGUGCCUGCCUACACAGCCAGGGCCCGCGAGGCCUGGCGGCCGGCAGGGUGGAAGCAGGCCCAGAGCCCGGACCGCCAGUUUUGGGCCUGGCAUGCUCACAGCAAUAUUGAUGGCCCGUCAGGGUGGCCCUGAUUCCUGCGCUUUCAGUUAAAAGGUUUCUGUUGUAGCUUAUGCAGUUGCUCUGUUGCUAUGGAAACGUGACAUCAAAAUGACGUUUCCCGUUUAAAAGCUUUUAACUAAAUUCCUGCCUGUCAGAUGUAGGCCCCAUUUUGAGCACAGAGCUGCCUUCCAGGAGCGGGCCUCCACCGCGGGUGCCCACGGGGACGCAGCCCCGCCUGAGCCACUUCUUUAACCCCGCAGGCGCCUCCAAGAUGGCAGCAGCCGAGGUGCCCGGCUACUUGGUGUCUGCUCAGACGGAGAAGCACCGGCGGGCCCGUAACUGGACGGACGCUGAGAUGCGCGGCCUCAUCCUGGUCUGGGAGGAGUUCUUCGACGAGCUGAAGCAGACCAAGCGCAAUGCCAAGGUGUAUGAGAAGAUGGCCAGCAAGCUGCUGGGGAUGACGGGCGAGCGCCGGCUUGGCGAAGAGCUGAAGAUCAAGAUCACCAACAUGACCUUCCAGUACAGGAAAUUAAAAUGCAUGACAGAUAGCGAGUCCGUCCCGCCCGACUGGCCCUAUUACCUAGCCAUUGAUAGGAUUCUGGCCAAGGUCCCUGAGUCCUGUGAUGGCAAACUGCCGGAUGGCCAGCAGCCGGGGCCUUCCACGUCCCAGACCGAGGCGUCCCUGUCGCCGUCAGCUAAGUCCACCCCUCUGUACUUACCGUAUAACCGGUGCUCCUACGAAGGCCGCUUCCACGACGACGGCUCCUCCAGCUCCUCCAGCUUACUGCCCCUUAAGUGCAGGUCGGACAGGCGGCCGCUGAAGAAGCGCAAGGCGCAGAGCCGCCAGUUCCAGAGGAGGAAGCUGCGCCUGCUGGAGGCCAUGCUGGAGGAGCAGCGCCGGCUGAGCCGGGCUGUGGAGGAGACGUGCCGGGAGGUGCGCCGCGUGCUGGACCAGCACAACCUCCUGCAGGUGCAGAGUCUGCAGCUGCAGGAGCGCAUGAUGAGCCUGCUGGAGAAGCUCAUCGCCAAGUCCGGCGCCUAGGCCACGGGCGGCGGGCGGGUGGCUGGGCCUGACCCUGCUCCUGGGCUGGGACCCCCUUCCAGGGGCCCCUGGGGGGCUGCGAGGCCUCGGGCUCCUCAGACACAGGCCAGGCUCAGGGUCGCUCGGGGGGCAUUCCCAGGUAGAAUGUCCUGGAACCUGCUGUGCGUUGGGUCACUGCCAUGAGGGAUGAAAUGGCUUUGAUAUUAAAUGUAUGAUUUUCA